AUGGCGAAAGUUUAUCCUCAACAUCUACCCACAACAAGCAGUUCUUCAAAUAAUAGUAAUAGUAUUAAUAGUAAAGAAACAUACACAAUAUGGACGAAAUCCCUUAUAUGCCAUGGAAAUGGAUGCACAGUUUUCGAUUCAAGAGGUCAAGUUGUCUAUCGUGUAGAUAAUUACGGCAUAAAAAAAAGUAGACAAGUUUAUCUCAUGGAUCUCCAUGGAAAUGUUCUUUUCUCUCUCCUCAAGUCCUGCACCAAGAAAUUGUAUAUUGGGAAUGGUAAUGGGUGUUGGAACGGUUAUAAAGGGUCUCCGAAUGAUGAUCAAGACACAUUAAGGACGAGGAAGAAGGAGAUAAUUCCUUGGUUUCAGACAAGAAAAAACAGUAGCAAGAAAUCCUCUCUUAGAAACUGCCACGUCAUUAUGGGAUGUGAUUAUGAAAGUAAAGAGAGCAGUUAUAGAAUUGAAGAAACUUCCGGCGCCGGCAAAGCGGCUUUUGUCAUCAGAGACAGCCAUGGCGACCUUGUUGCUCAAGUGAAACAAAAGGAAUCAUCAUGCGGUGGCGUGUUGUUGGGAGAAGAUGUGUUGAGUUUGGUGGUCGAACCCCAUGAAGAUCAUUCGCUUGUUAUGGCUAUAGUGAUUGUGUAUGGAUUGAUGACCAAUAUUAUCAUGUAAAUUAAUAUCAUACUUCAAACAAAAUCCUUUUAUUUUUCCUUUUCAUUUGGAAAGAUGUGAGUUUCAA